UGUAAACAAACUCGAGUUGGUAAGGAAAUAUAAUUGACAAUAAUAUAAUGGGACAAGAUUAUUAUGGUAUUUUAGAGCUCACAAAAGGUUCUAGCGACGCAGAUGUAAAGAGAUCAUAUCGAAAAUUGUCGCUGAAAUUCCAUCCUGACAAGACAAAUGAAAUUGAAGCAGAACAAAAGUUCAAGCAAGUUGCAGAGGCUUACGAUGUCUUGAGUGAUCCAAAGAGACGUGCCAUUUAUGAUCAGUUUGGUGAAGAAGGACUGAGGAAUGGUGUUCCCGAUAGUGAUACUGAUGGAUGGACUCCUGGGUAUGUAUUCCAUGGAGAUGCAUUAAGGGUCUUUAGAGAAUUUUUUGGUGGUGAUAAUCCAUUUUCAGAGUUAUUUGAUAACUACGAUCCAGAAAUUGGAUUUGGAGGUUUGCAUGGGCGUGGUCGGCGCAAACAAGAUCCACCGAUCGAAAGAGAGCUAUUCUUGACUUUAGAAGAAAUCUUCAAGGGAUGCACUAAGAAAAUGAAGAUUUCUCGAAGAGUAAUGAAUGAUGACGGUCACACGUCCAAUAUACGCGAUAAGAUUCUUACCAUCAACGUGAAACCAGGCUGGAAAUCUGGAACCAGAAUCACUUUUCCCAAUGAAGGUGAUCAAGGUCCGAACAAUAUUCCAGCGGACAUCAUUUUUGUUGUGAAAGAUAAACCGCAUUCCGUAUUCAAAAGGGAAGGAAAAAAUUUAGUUUUUACUGCUGCAGUUCCUUUAGGAAAGGCACUCACUGGUUGUACUGUCGACGUCCCAACGUUAGAUGGCCGAUUGAUCAGUAUACCCAUCAAUGAUAUCGUCAAACCUGGCUAUUCGAAACACGUACCCGGGGAAGGUGUCCCCACCUCCAAAGACCCAGAUAUCCGAGGGGAUCUGAUUAUAAAAUUUGACAUUGUUUUUCCAAACAAAUUGACUCCAGUACAAAAACAGUUGUUGAAAGAUGCUCUAUUGCAGUGAUAAAAUAUCAUGUAAUGUUUUGUACAUAACUUUCGUAAGUCAAAUUCAUUUUGUUCAUAAAGUGUAAGGAAAAUUUUUAUUAAGACUUGCAAUAAUUUAGUUGAAAGGUUUAAACAAAUGUACACAAAAAACCUGUGGUAGAUUUGUCAUGCUUCCAGUAUGCAGGUGCUUCUUUGCACCGUCUUGAAGCCUUUAUCUGUGUACAAGUGACUGGUAUACAUUACGGACGCUAAGUUGAACAGCUGAAGCAAUCAUGCGAGCAAAUACCUGAAGAAUGCCCCCAUGUAUGUUAUUAAAGCACUUUUGACUUUUGAUAUGAGUUAAUUAAAACCCAAGUGUGAAUACCUUUAUGGUCUUUACGUUUGCCAUUGAUAAAACUGCA